GCAUGCUAAUGAGGCCGGUGGGUGUGGCCGGAGGGAGGGUAGCCGGUCAAGUGCCCCGCGAAGUGACCGCUCGCGAACGAGAAGAAGACGCGGUGCUGCCGCCACAGGCUGGCAGGCAAUGCGUGAGCCGUAGGGGUUGCAGCGCUCUGAGCGAAGCGUUGCGACCGGACGGAGGGUCAUGUCCCCCGUGCAAUACCAACUGACGAUGGCCGCUCAGCAGAGUCACUCUCAACAGCAGCAGCAGCCGGAGCUCGACAGUUCUUCACCCCCUCCGCUUGCCAUGCCGGUCCGUCCGGAGCAGCAACAGCAGCAGCAACUUCAACAGCAGCAGUUUCAGCAGCAGCAGCAUAACCACGUGUACGGCGAGCGCUGUUGCGAUUCCCCGGCGAGUCCCCCCGAGAGCGAGGCGGCCGAGGGCGCUUGCAGCCCCGAGCUCGAUACAGAUCCGGCGUUCCUCGACCCCGACGCGGCCGAGGAGCGAUUUCGCGUGGAUCGAAAGAAACUGGAGGCCAUGCUGCAAGCUGCUGUGGAAGGGAAAGGAGAAAGCGGAGAGGAAUUCUUCCAAAAGAUAAUGGGAGAAACUAACACUCACAUCACGUGGCCCUCAAAGUUGAAAAUCGGAGCCAAGUCAAAAAAAGAUCCUCACAUCAAAGUCUGCGGCAAGAGAGACAACAUCAGGGACGCCAAGGAGAAGAUAAUGGCAGUGCUCGACACCAAGAGCAACCGGGUGACUCUGAAAAUGGACGUGUCCCACACGGAGCACUCGCACGUCAUCGGCAAAGGUGGCGCCAACAUUCAGCGCGUCAUGGCCAACACGGGCUGCCACAUCCACUUUCCUGACUCCAACCGCGGCAGCCAGGCCGAGAAGAGCAACCAGGUUUCCAUUGCGGGGUUGCCUGGAGGAGUGGAGGAGGCGCGCGCCUUUAUCCGGGAGCUGCUGCCACUGGCGCUGAUGUUCGAGGUGCCUAUGACAGGGUUCCUGCAGCCCGUGUCGGAGGCCAGCUCUCCAGCCAUCGCUCACAUCGCGCAGCGCCACGGCCUCAACGUGGCCUUCAAGCAGCGCGCACGCCUCUACGGCACCGUGUGCGUGGCGCGCGGGUCCAACGUCAGCACCACCAAGGAGGGCGUGGCGAUGCUCAUCGAGCACCUCACUGGCAGCCCUGGAGCCACCUUUCCUGUGAGCUCUCAGCUGGACGUCGCCCCGCAGCACCACCAGUUCAUGAUGGGACGUAAUGGCCUCAACGUCAAGCGCAUCGUGCACCGGACCGGUGCGCAGAUCCAGUUCCCGGAGCCCGGUGGCCCGCACAAGGCCAUACACAUCCACGGCAACAUGGAGGCCGUGUGCCUGGCCCGAACCUGCCUGCUGGGCUGCCUGCCGCUGGUGCUCAUGUUCGACAUGAAGGAGGACGCGGAGAUCUCAUCGCACAACAUGGCGCAGCUGAUGGAGCACCUUGACGUCUUCAUCAGCAUCAAACCCAAGCCCAAGCAACCGAGCAAGUCGGUGAUUGUGAAGAGCAUGGAGCGGAAUGCGGGCAACGUCUACGAGGCUCGCCGUCUGCUGCUAGGCCUGGAGAACAAUGGCAUCCCCGUCCCGGCCAAUGGCCUUCUCAACCCCAAGAUGAGCUGCCCGGUCACCCUGGCAACGAAUGCAACAUACCCACUGCAGGCCUCAGGCCUGGACAUCCUCGCCUCAGCUGGACUGGGGCUGUCCACGAUUGAGAGCUGGCUAUGCGCAAGCACCACGGCCGCCUGCACACAGCAGCCUCCUGUUCUCAAGAGCUGUGCCGAAGCUGCCUCCAUGCUGAGCCCUGGGGCCCUGAGUGUGGCCACCAACAGCGCCCUGCUGAACAUUCUCAAUGCCCAGCUGAGCCCAGUGGGGACCCAGGGGUCCGGCCCCCCGCAGAGCACCCCCAUGUGGACCGUGUCACCCCCAGGGUUCCCCGCACUGCCCCCCGUGGUGCUGUCGCCAGCCACGCAGGCGGCGCUCACCGGCAUGCUGCUGGGGGGCGGCAUGACCAGCUACGGGACACCGUCGCAUCGCAUGCCCUCUCCGCCUCCGGGCCUGAGCCCCCCGACGCCGCACGCCCUCCACCACCACCACCACCAGGCAGCGCUGGCUUCCGUGCAGGCGGCUGCCAGUAGCUCGGCAGCCACGCGUGGCGCCGGCGAACUCGUGGGCUUUAACUCGCCGUCCGGGGCAGCGUCGGCGCAGGGCAUGCCCUCAACGCAGCAAGGCGUCGGAGGCGCGCGGACGUUCAGGGCAGUGGCGGAACAAGGUGGGGCGGCGACGAGCCUCGGUCUCUCCACUCGGCCGUCUCAGUCCAUAGCCGUGGGACUGGCUCACGGGGAAAGCGGCGGCGUGACCAACUGCAGGAUGGCUCGCGCGAAAUCGCACGGGGACACGGGAGACGGCGGCGGGCAGGGGCCCACGAAGCUCACGCCGAACACCUCUCUCAAUGGCCACAUCAAGCAGCAGCCGUCCGAGAGAGCGGCGGGUUGUCAGAAGCGGGAGUGUGUCGUGCUGUCUGGCUCACGAGGCCAGCUGUCUCCCAAAUCCAACACCCGACGAGAGACGGAGGAGGCGUACGUGGAGGUGGGGAUGCCGCGCAGCCCGUCCCACUCGGCCAGCAGCCACGAGCUGCAGCAGAGCCUCUCCCGGGCUCGUGUGCUGCACCAGCAGCACCAGCAGCAGCAGCAACAGCAGCAGCACAUGCAAGCACAUGCGCAGGCUCAAGAGCGGCGAGUGUCCAGCACAGAGGGCGAUCACAGGGAUCUGCACACGGACAAGAGAGCGCCGGGCAGCGAAUGGGCGGCGGAGAGAUCAUGCGCCGACGGCUUCAGGCUGGCGCCGCACUCCCCCUACUCCUCUGCUGUGGAGGCCGCUGACUACGAGCAGAAAAAGCUAAUGGCGACAAAAGCCAUGCAGAAGAAGCCGGUGGUGACGGAGGUGCGGACACCCACGAGCCAGUGGAGUGGCCUCGGCUUCUCCAAGUCCAUGCCAGCCGAGACCAUCAAGGAGCUGCGACGGCCGAACCACGGGUCCUUCAAGCCGAGCAUGCCCACCACUUUCGAGGGAGAUGCGUUGUCGGAGUGCGGGAGCGAAUCGGAGAACUGGCGGGAGCGGAACGGCCACGACUCCUCAUCAGGGACGGAGUUCCCCACGAGCGGCAGCAGCCCUAAGCGCAAGGCUAGCGUCAAGUCGUAUGAGCACUACCUGAGCAGCAGUGGCUACAUGGAGAGCAUGCCGCGAACUCCCACGGGCAUAGCUAGCACUGGGUGCUCCAUGGGUUCGGCCAUCAAGGGGAACGGCGGCGGCGGCGGCAGCGGCAGCAGCAGCAGCGGCAGCUCCGACCUCCCCGAGCUCUUUAGCAAACUGGGCCUGGGCAAGUACACCGACAUAUUCCAGCAGCAGGAGAUCGACCUGCAGACAUUCCUGUCGCUGACCGACCAAGACCUCAAGGAGUUGGGCAUCAGCACGUUCGGCGCUCGACGCAAGAUGCUCCUCGCCAUCUCCGACCUGAACAAGAGCCGGAGGAAGCUCUUUGACUACCCGCUUCGCUCCGCCUUCCUGGAGGGUGGUGCCAGCGGACGGUUACCACGACACCAGAGUGAGCUGGCCACUCAGAGUGGCCGCUGGUGAAGGGAGCGUUACUACGGUCACUCUGCAAACCAGGACCGGUGUUACUGGGGAGAUCAAUGAAGCUUAACCUGUGGAAGAUUUAUUUAACGCUGUUAAUGGACCAACAAAGGACAAGGGGAAAGUCAGACACUGAAUGUUAAGAUAUUUUAGCUCACGCCUGGCUGUUGUUUGGUGUGCGCGCGCGCGCGCGUGUGUGUGU